AUGGACAUCAACAGCAUCGCCGGGAAACUAGGGCUGGUAGGAUCAAAGCAGGUCAUCCGCAAGGCGGAGGAGCUACGCAGGCAGGCUGACGUCCAGUUCGACUCCUCCGUGAUGGGGAUUGUGAGGACCUUGUCUGGAUUUCGCUCUCCUCUUUGCCCUUCGCCGAUAUCCGCCUUGAUUCUAACUUACCCGUGGCUGAAUCUUUUUCCCUUUGACAGGGGGAGGUGUGCAAGGCGAUCAUCUGCCUGGAGAUCGCCGCUACUAGGUGAUUCAUAUAAAAAACAACUCAUAGAUUUGGAUGAAUUAGCGGUGUCUAGACCCUUGUGCUAUUUUUUACGGAAAAGGAUUAUACCUUUGGAAGAAUAAACCACGUCCAAAUCCCCUGUGCUAUUUUUGACCUAAAAGAACACCCAUUUGGAUGAAUGAACCAUGUCUAAAUUAUUUCUCUUUGUGUCCGUCCAACAGGUUGCAAGUGCUGUUUGACAGACAGGCCGCGGUUAAGAUGUGCGGUAUGUCGGAGAAAGCCUACAUAAGGUCGUUCAACGGGAUUCAGAACAGCAUCGGCAUCAAGUGGGUCUUAUUUUCUCUUUUCCCUUCACCUCCUUUCGAUUGUUGUUGACUUCGUCUGCUUGGAUGUUAGAGUAUUCUUACGUUCCUUUUGGUGGACAUAGGGCGAGACUCGAUGCCCGUGAAUUAGGGAUCCAAUUCGGCUGCGUGAGGCUUAUCCCUUUCGUCCAGAAGGGUUUAUCGCUGUAAGGUUUCACAUAGCCCUUAUCAGGAGAAUAUCUAUUGCCGUUUUGAUGCUAUACGGCCACUUCCUUUUCAAACGUUCCGAGACUUUUUAAGGCACCAAAUGCAUCACACUCCUUUAGAUGCUCAGUAAUAUUAACCUAAAGGAUUCUGGAAGAAGAGUCAACAGUUGUUCAAACUGCUCCUGCUUCAUGCAUGGCCUUCUGUGCAGAGAUACGCACCACUUUUGUUUCGGGGAGGAUCCCCUUUUACAUGUGGGCAACUUCAUGAUUUGUGCCCGUGUCAGGCAUUGAUUCUGUGCAUUACUGUUGUUAUUAUCACACUAUUGUUAUCUUUUGUAAAUUUGGAAUCAGAUGAUGUUCCGUCUCCUCUGGCGAACUUGCAGACCUCGUUCUAAACUCUAAACAUUCUGAGGAAAACACCAGGAAUGGCUUAGGUGUUUCUUUUUGUAAAAUAACUGCCACUUAUCAGUUAUUCUCGCGUCGCCAAUUAUUGUUCAUAGUUUUUUUUGUAUUUUUACAUUUUUUUUAAUGCAAGCAUUGAACUUUCAGAUACAAGACCAGGUUUCUGACAGCACUCCCACCUUCUCGCCGUGCAAACACUGACUUCAGUCGACCAGUAUUCACAGCUGUUGCGUUCUAUCUUUGUGCUAAAAAACACAAGGUGAUCUCAAUGCCUCUUCCUAAUACGCACGGAAAUACAUAUUUCCAUUGGUGCCUCAUGUUGUGGUUCCUGUUAGUAAACGCUCGCUUCUUUUAACAGCUAAAGGUGGAUAAGGUGAAGCUGAUUGAGCUUUGUGCUACCACUGAGUCAGAGUUUACCAGUGUAAGUGAGCGUCUCUUGAUUUCUGUAAGGUCCCUUUAAUGAUCAUAUAAAUUCGCUUUGGUAUCUCUGAAGCGGUAACUUUAUCUCCAGGUAUCCACUUCCAUGAAAGAUCUCUGUUUCGAUGUCUUUGGGAUCUCGAAGGAAAAAGCAGAUCCGAAGGCUGUCAGGGGCAACAGAGGUAGCCUUUCAGUUGACUAAUGGCACAGCACAGCCUCCACAAUCAGCCGUUCUUCAGAUUUCACUUCCUGUAGUUUCCUCAAUUCGUCAAUUGAAGUUCCCUUACCGCGCAUCUCUUAUCGCACAUCAGUCACAUCAUCCUGAAUAUUUGAUGCACAUAUCCCCCACUGAGCGUAUUAUUUGAAGCAGCAGAUGGUUGUAUUCUUAAAACUGAAUUUCCGUACGUGUUUUUCUGAAUCCUGGCAAACGCAUGAACAGAACUAUUAGAUGCUCUGCCCGCGAAGAGGAGACAUGAAGAUGACGGUGAUGUGUCGGACUCUUCUGAGGAUGUUGAUGACGAACUCGCGGUAAGUUUCUAUCUUACGUUUGCCUUUGUGUUUCGUUUUGGAGAAAAUCAUGUCCUAUUUCAAGCCUCUUUCACCCUCUUCUUCUGUCGCAAGUUCAAUUCAUCACUCCCAAGCUCGGAAGAUAAUGGGAAUCCUGAAUUUGGGGUAGUUCAAACUUGUUCCCUUCAACCCCAGAUGGGGAGUUGAAGAAGACUAGAAUGCUGACCCACCCUUCAAUCCCAUCGGGAUUCCAUCGGGUAGAGCGGCACUUGUUCUCGUAAAACAAUACUGCAGACUGUAGGAAAGUGGUGGGACGAUGCUUCAUUUAUUCAUUGCCAUUUGCUGGUAUUGUUCUGAGAAAAAUGGGGCCUCUUGCUGGAUCACUGGCAAUGGGGAUGGAAUGGGAUGGAAUGGAAUGGAAUGGCCGGAAAGAGAUUGAUCAGUAGCUGCUUCGGUCAAAUUUCUGUUUCCAUCAGAUUCGUCAAUAAUAGCCGUAGGAAUAGCUGGAAAUGAUGCAAAUCAGUGGCUGAACCAAAUCUUGCGUGCCAGAACCAAUGGGAAAUCAUUGAGGCCUUUUUCCUUUUUAUGAGCUUUUUUGACGGUGUUGAUCCUUGUAAAGAGAUGGACGAUUACUCCAGCAUGCCAUCGUAAGGACUUUUCUCUUGACAGCUGCCCGCCUACAAGCGGCACAAGAAGAUGGAGAGGAUGGCAUACGAGGAAUGGAAGUCUACCGUCAUCUCCUCCAACAAGGAGGGCCAACCGGAAGGUGGGCCUUCUUCAUUUUCCUUCUCAGGCGCACAACACCCACAACGGCACUCACUAAAACACUUGCUCUCUCUCUCUCUCUUUCUCUUCCCUGCAGAUGCUUCUACUGGGAGGAAGAAGCAAUCUCGGCUCAACUUCACCCGUAAACCCUCUCGUGCGGUCCCCUCCGAAGCUUAA